AUUCUUCAUGUUUAUCAUCCUUUUGCAUCUGUUAGUGCAUUUUAGAGAAUGUUGCUGUUGCAUACAGUUCAGUGAUCCUGAUUUAGUGUAAGAUGGGCUCCCCACUGCAUUGCAGAUGGUCAUCACACAAAGCUCAAGAAACCUUUGAAGAGGUUUGUAAUAAUCCCUGACAAGGACAUUUGAUUCCUUCGUUUGACGCACCAGUGUUUAGAUUUUAUUGAAAGAGCACUAAGUCUUGUUCGCAUUGUCAAGCCAGGUACCAACAGUUGCCAGUGAUAAACCUCAUAACUGUGGUCCAGAAACCUUACUGCACCAAAAUUCAACCGACACACACCCCACAUGGUGUGGCUGCUUUCUCCUGGUUCAGAGUAGGAAUACUUCUGCAGAAGUUAAUGAGAAACAACAAAAACCUACACUUUUCAGUCACCUCCAUUCUCUGUUUGCUAAGAGGGAGGAAACCUGAAGCGUGAAGACUUUGUGGUAAGACAGUUAAACCCGCUUCACCACUGUGAGCCUUCUAGGGAGGUCAGGUUGUUGUUGUUCUAUUGGCUGGAUCAUAAGGAUGGAUCCAUCCAGCAGAUUCCAAUCUCUUAGUUCUAUGAGAUAAUUAGAUUUUGUUUAAUGCUCGCUCGUCAACUCCCAACAUUUUAGACAAGUAUGCCUCCAUAAACUUAAGCCUCCAUGACCACCACAGUCUCCUGUUGGACCUCACACUUCACUGAGUUGCUAGCCAUCUAUCAGUUCUGUAUCCACCACACUCCAUGUUUUAAUGUUUUUUUUGAUCCGUCUGUGCAGCUGCAAACAACUCAAAUAGUCAAAAUACUCAAAGUUCAUUAGUUAAAACCGCAGAAUUUCCAUUUAUCGAAGUCUGCAAGGCCACUGAGAGUUCAUGCUGACAUCAACAUUUCCAAAUUGCGUGGGGAGUUCUGUGCAUGUGGUGCAGCUCUGGUUGAUGCACUUUGUUAACUGGGUUUGGAAUUUCCAGCUACAUAUGAAAACAAACUAUUGGACUGAUAUUUCUUUCCAUGGCAGAGGAUGACUUCUUGUUGAUUCUUGUAAAAUAAAAUUAUAAUAUGUGCAGUGAGCUUAACUUACUCUUUACAACAAUACCAGACAAUACCAUGUUUGUCUUUUCCAAACAUCUGUCACAGACAGUUUUGUCAAAUACAGUUUACAAUGCCCAAAUUCGCACAUCUUUACAUGCCAUGUUUAAGUCUGUCACCACCUGUAUGUAAAAAUUACACCCAUUUUUUCCUGAUGUAGCAGAAAUCUUUAGCAAUGUUUUCUCAGAUUUAGCAAAUAUUUGUUACAUUUGAGACACUUCACUUUAAUAUCAUGUCCCAAAUGUUAAAUCAAAAUGUUACAUUUAAACCCAUAUAUUAAAUCUAAAUCUUAAAUCUCAGUUUUAAUGAUUUAGACAACUGCAAAUCCGAUUUUGAAAUGGCCACGUUGUGGCAGGCGUGCAAGCUGCACUUCAAGGUGCUGGCUUCAUUCCUCUGCAGGCAGCGUCACAGGUAGCUCACCUGGCAAAAUACCGCUUUCCAGUUGCUGUUGGGUGGCCAUUUCAAAAUCACAGACUUUCAGGUACGAGCCUGAUGGGUGGGCGGUCCGAGGAGCAGAAGGGACCGUCUAUAUCUUUAAAACUGAGAUUUAAGAUUUAGAUUUAACAUUUAGAGUUAUCAUUUGGAUUUAACAUAUAGAUUUAAAUGUAACAUUUAGAUAUGGAUUUAACAUAUAGAUUUAAAUGUAACAUUUAGAUUUAGAUUUAAUAUUUUGAUUUAGAUUUAACAUUUACAUUUAGCAUUUAGUUUUAACACUGAUGAAAAUUUGAACAGUGGGAUGUAACAUUAAAGUGUAAUGUCUCAAAUAUAACAAAUAUUUGUUAAAUCUGUAAAAACACUGCCUAAAUUUCUAGUAAAUCAGGAAACAUUUUUUUACAUUUGGCGCCCCAUAGCCCACAGCCACUGUUGGGUAUUAUUUACCAGUGAAAAGUACAUGAAACAGCAAACCUUUUCAAGAGUCUCUUGAAAAUGUUUGGACCAGCACAAAAAUGCUUCUUCAGAGGUUAGGCCGGAAAGAGUUUCAGUAUUUAAAAGUUUAGCAUCAAAUGGUUGUGUUUGAUGUAUUCUUCAUUGGUUAGCCCAUUAUUGGACAUUCUGUUAUGAACCUCUGAGCAAUAAACUGCUCACAGAAAUGUAAUGAAGGUUACGUUAUUUUCCACCAGUGGUCCAUUGCAUGAUCUUGUCCUGCUAGCGUGACAACAAAAGCCAGUUGCCUUCUCUGAGCUGAGUUUUUUCCACACCACCCUCAUUAUUAGGUCAUAUCCAAAGUUCAUCAUAAAUCUCCGGUGUGAUGUGUUUUCCGGGAUUUGUUUCACAAUCAGAUGCUGAGCUCUCGAGUUUCACUGGGAGUGAUUUGGUUAACGCAGACUGGUGCCUAGUAGUCCGGAAUCUAUUUUCAUUUUACCACAGUAGAAACCUCCCUGAGGAGACAGAAGCAGUCGAGUAGAGGCGUCAGCAAACCUGUCACAGUUCCAGCGAAAUCAUUCUGUGCUGGGAAUUCAGGGGCCAUGUCAGUAAAUACACACCUGCAGUGAAUCGGUGAGCAAAAUCAUCAUGAACCCAUGACCCAUGUGACGUUCGGCUGAACCAGAGUUGACGUACCAUCAUAUUAUCUGCAUAUUUCAGACACAUUUAUUAAAGAUCAACUUUUACACCUCAGUAUUCCACUGAAUGUUAAAUACUACACUUUCUGUUCACCUUUUGUUAUGCUUGACAACAGCCCCAGUUAAAUGGUUUUCUAUCAUUUUAGCAAUUACUCUUGGCUACUUUUAUCAUGGAUUUUGAUGAUAACCUGUUAUCUGAUGACCCAUCUGCUUGUUGAAGCUUGAAUGCCUUAUUUUCUGACAUGCCAUCUACGCAGUAAGACUUUGCAUACAGACAUGUUUGUUGAGUCUAUUUCAAACCCACUCACAGAGCCAAUGCUAACAACAUGGACUAAUAUGGUGCUGGAAACAGUCAAGCAUCAGACCACUCUGGCAGCACGACAUGACAUUACUAACUCACACGUCCAAAAGCUUGUUUACCCUCAUCAACUGUCCGGGGUGUAUAUAUGUGUGUGUGUGUUUUGCAGAAAUGAGAGACAACACACUAAAGCAAAUGAACACAUGUUAAUAUUUCGGAACCGUUUCCCUUCAUGGCACCUGCUGUGGAAAGUGCUGUGGAUUAUUUGCAGGGUCGGUUCAAGGUGACACAGAUGCAACUCCACUCAUGUUCCAUGCCCGGUGACGGCCUCGGGCUACCAUCAAUAUCAUUUUUGGCUUAUCGAUCAGGUCAAUCUACUCAGCGUGCGGACUGCGUUUGGCUUGGUGUUGAUUUGUGAAUCACAUCCACUCUGGUUGGAGGAAGAGCAUUGUGGCAUGAGCGAAGCACGGCCCAUGAAUUGUCUCUUUGUGUUGGUCGCCAUAGUAACCUAUAUCCUUUUGUGUCAGUCACUGGCCUCUCACUCCCCAUUUCACUGGGCCCUGGCAACCUUUCCUGCAAACACUGUAGCUUUUUUCCCCCCUGACUUGUGUGUUUCUAUGGCUCAGGUGGAGAUGUCUGUGACUGCAACCGGUGUCGGCGUCUCAACUGACCAUCAGGGCUCUGGCAAAACGAAGAGAAGGAGGUGGGGUGGUUUGAGGCAACGGUGGAAGCUUCUGGGCUUAUUUGAGAUCGAUCAGCAUCACGAGUUCUACGGCCUGACCUGCAUGAUGAAGGAGGGACUUGCUGCUGCCAUUCAAACCACCAUCGACAAUGAGCCCUCAGUUCAGAUGUCGGAUGGCGAUUUCAAAUCAGAAGUCACCCGGAAUCACGAGAACUUUACCAUGGACACCUUUGCAGGGCCAGUGUUUGCCAGUCUGCGUGGAACUUUAGGAAUCUCGGAGCAGGAAUAUCAGCAGUCUCUCUGUUCGGAAAACUGCUACCUGCAGUUUAUCAGCAACUCCAAGAGCAAGGCCGACUUCUUUCUGACAAAUGACAAACGCUUCUUCUUGAAGACACAAAACCAGAGGGAAGUUAAUUUCCUGUUGGGUAACUUGAAGCUCUACAUGGAACACUUGAAGACCUACCCCCAUUCCCUGCUGGUCAAGUUCCUCGGCGUUCACCGGAUCAAGAAAUAUUUCAUUGUGAUGCAAAGCGUCUUUUAUCCAGAUGAUCGAAUCAAUGAAAGGUAUGACAUCAAAGGGUGUGAGGUCAGUCGUUGGACAGCACCAGCGCCUGAGGGAAGUCCAAUUAUUGUGGUUCUCAAAGAUCUCAACUUUGAGGGCCAAUACAUCAAACUUGACAGACAGCGCUCCUGGUUGCUACAGCAGGUGGAGAUCGACACAAACCUCUUGAAGAGGCUCAAUGUUUUGGAUUACAGUCUCCUUCUUGCUCACCAGCCACUACAUAGUGAUGAGCGCAACUCCAGCCUCUCCUUUGCUAAUGUCAUCAUGAGAGCCAAGCGGUCAGUGAAUCCGGCGUGCGGCCCCUCUAAGGAUGUGGUCACAUCUGUUCCAGGAGCAGUUCAGGAAGAAAAUGCUGCUUCGUCAUGCGCUGAUGUUGAUUGUUCACAGAAGUCGCAAAUCCUGAGUCCAGAGAAGGCCAAACUGGGAGGUGGGCGAGGUGAAUCAUCAUGCUUCAAAGCCCAAAAUCUACGUCUCCUUCCCGACCUGAAAAACCCUCUGCAUGUUAUCGAUGGGCCAGAGCAGCGCUACUUCAUCGGGAUAAUUGACAUUUUUACAGUUUACAGCUUUAAGAAACGGUUAGAGCACUGGUGGAAGACACUGCGACACCUGGGUCGCACCUUCUCAACCGUCAGUCCUCCUGCUUAUAGGUUACGGCUCUGCCGGUGGGUGCAGGACCAUACUCUGUAGACCUCACUUUUCCCCCUCAAAAAUGACUACAUUGCAUUAAUAAAUCCUGCCGGUGACAACAAUCUUUGUUGUGUGGCGUCCUUCGUGCCAGCCAGUGUAGUGGGGUGUUUUCUUGGCGCAAUAUUUUUAAUUGUUCAUCCCACACUGUGUGAAAUGAGUAUCAGUGCAAUGAACAGCCAGCUCCCUGGGGGCCCCCCAGAAUACAGCUGGUUCUGUUUGUGGGGGAGUUUUGACAUUUAUUGAGUUGGCAACAAUAGAAACUGAAGUUUUUAAUCAGGUAACGUAACAUUUACACAACAAGUUCACUACCCACAGUCCUUUGCGACACAGCCCCCACCCAGCUGGAUUACAUGUCCCCAGUAAUCCAAGGAUCGACAUUAAAGGUGCUGAGGAAGCCACCG